AACCACAUCACAACAUAGCAAGACUCAAUCGCAACAUUUUUAUCAUUAUUUACCUAGGUAGUUCACAGUAUUGAUACGGAGCUCACAAUAACUAUGGACACCUUCACCUCUCAUCGCCGUGUCCGGCUCGGCCGCCGUGAGAAGCCGGCACCACUGGACCUUAGCCACCACUACUCCGCCGUCACCAAGCGGCGGAUGCCCUCCAAGAUCAAGGAGGCGUACAAGUUCUUUCAGAUCCCGGGCAUCUUAAACAUGGCUGGCGGCCUCCCCAAUGCCGACUUCUUCCCCUUCGAUACGUUAGAAGCACAAGCAGCAAAGCCAGAGAGGUGGACGCCGUCGCCAAACCACCCCGGUGAGACUGCUACGUCAUCAACAUCAUCCUCGGAUUCCGCGGCAGCCACCCACAUCGUGGUGCCCAAGGCAGCGGACGAGAGUGACCCAUCGAAGAAGAUUGACGUUACCACGGUUUUACAGUACGGUCUCGCCGCGGGCUACCCACCACUGUUGUCAUGGGUGCGCCAGUUCACCCGCGAAAAUCUGCAACAAGACACUCCGUAUAAGGGUGGGCCUGAUGUGGUCUUGACCUGCGGCUCGACCGAUGGCUUCUCCAAGACCCUGGACCUGCUCGUUGACCAGUGGACCGAGGGUGUUAAUGAUAUUACCGAUCGGCCGGGUCUUCUUUGCGAGCCGUUCGUGUACACCAACAUCCUCAACCAGGCCCAGCCCCAUGGCGUGCAAGUCGUCACUGUAAAAUCGAAUGCAUCCGGCAUGGCAGUGAAAGGACCAGGCGGGCUGGAGGAUGUCCUGGCCAACUGGGAUCCUUCCAAGGGAAAGCGGCCGCAUCUCAUGUACACUGUCACCCUCGGCCACAACCCCACGGGUAUCGUCCUGUCCGUCGAGCGCAAGAAGGAAAUCUACGCCGUCUGCAGCAAGUACGACGUGAUCAUUGUCGAGGACGAGCCGUACUGGUACCUCCAAUUCCCCUCCGCCGCCGUCGAAGAAGCCAAAUCCCGCGGCCUCCCCCCGCCCACCGCCUCCACCACCCCUAAGUCCGCCCGCUCCUCCGGCUACCCCUUCCUCGACUCGCUCACGCCGUCUUUCCUAUCCCUCGACACCGACGGCCGCGUGAUACGCCUGGACACCUUCUCCAAGACAGUUGCGCCGGGCUGCCGCCUGGGCUGGAUCACCGCACAGCCCGCGCUAGUCGAACGCUUCGAGCGCAUCAACGAGUCAACAACGCAACAACCAUCAGGCUUCGUGCAGGGUCUAAUCUCCGAGCUAGUCCUCGGCAGCAACAGCAGCGGAUCCAACACCCCCAACCAACGCGCCCGCUCGGCCUUCGCCCUCCUGCGCUCCCCGCGCGAGCGCGCCGCCUUCACCGGCUGGGACACUUCGGGCUGGGUACGCUGGCUGGAGGGCCUGCGCGGCACCUACGAGCGGCGCGUCGUGCGCAUGUGCCGCACCCUCGACGCCGGCGCCACCCUGAUCACCACCGCCCCCGCCCCCCUCUCGUCCCGGUCCGACCCAGACUCGGAGUGGGCGCCCCUCGCCGUGACCAAAACCCCGCUCUACACCUUCCGCUGGCCGCGCGGCGGCAUGUUCGUGUGGCUGCGCCUGCACCUCGAGACGCACCCGCUGUGGCAGGCCGCGUGCCCGAGCAGCCCGCAGUCCCCGCCUCUUGUGCUGGACGGGCCCGCCCUGUCGGCCGCGCUGAUGGUCUGGCUGACGACCAAGCCCUUCCUCGUGCUGGUCGCCACGGGCUCCAUGUUCAGCGCCAACGAUGAGGUGCGCCAAGAGGACGGCUGGCGGUACCAGCGGAUCUGCUUUGCCGCCGAGGAGGAGGGGAAUGUGGACCUGGCGGCGGAACGGUUUGUGGAGGGGGUGAGGCGGUUUUGGGAGGUGACGGAUGUGGAGGUGGUGAGGAAGUUGUUGGGGGAGUUGGGUCCGAGUGGGGAGGUGGAGGCGCUGGAGGAGGGGGUGAGUAGUUUGGGAUGGUACAUGGGCUGUUGAUUUGAGAUAUGUUUUUGGGUGUGACGUGGGAGGCGGCAGCGUUGCCUUAUAGCACAAAGCAUCUG